AUGGGCGGAGUGGCAGGGGCCAGAGGUGGACGACUUCCACCGCUGCCGCUGCCCAAGCAGGGCGGCGUGGGAGGGGCCGGCUCGGGCGGGCCGGGCUCGGGCGGCGGUGCAUGGUGGCGGCAGUGGCUCCGGCUGGGUCCGGCCAAACCGAAAAAGGUGUAUCGACACGGAUCGACUGAGCGGUUUCCGGGGCAAAAGCUGGUUGUGGCCUCUUUCCUCAUCGGAGCCGGUGUGGUGACGGCGGCGACGUACGCCAACUACCUGGCAUCGUCGGGCUCGAUCCAUGCUGCCGGCGAGGAGAGCGGGGUGUUUGAUGCUCGCGAGGGCGAUGCAUACGCCAUGGACUACCGCGCGCGGUCGACGUCGCGCACAACGUCGACCAAGUUGCCCGGCGACCUCCCGCCGCCGCCGGACGGCUUUCAGUGGGUCUGGGUGGCGCGCUUCGGAUCGGCGCUGCUCCUGCCUGUGGGGUGGACGUACACGCCGAUGCUGACGGCCGAGUCGUCGACGCUGCUGCUGACGCGGUCACCGCUAGCACCACGGUCGUCAGGCGCACAGUACGACGUCGGGCUCUCGGUGCGUGUGGUGCGGACGGCACCAACGUUUUACGCCGACUUUAAGCAGACGAUUGCCGCCGAGUACGGGGCCGGCAACACACAGGGCCUCACGCUGGUCUCGCAGUUUGACGCCGGUGCCUCAGCCUCGCCGUAUCCGUUUCUGCUGCAAGGUGCCUUGCUGCGCGACAACGUCAUGGGUGCCAACUACAUGAAUGUGGUGUGGUACAACCGCGAGACGCAGGCCACGUGGAUCCUCAUCUUUGAGGCGCCGGCUGGCGAGUGGGAGGCCGUGUGGAACGCGUUUGGCAACGUCAUGUGCACCAAGCUCCGCCUCAAUCCACAGUUUUAACCUCAUGCUCAAGACAAGCCGCCAAGACCUUUCGCGCGCUUGGUCGGCGAUGCGCCCGACGGGCCGGCGUCGUCGUCGUCACGUGGGCGCCGACGCUUGAACAUUGAGACGAUGGUCGGCUGGUUCGAGUCGAGUAUUGUGGCAAUGGAAGCAGUCGAGGUCGAGCGAAGGAGUGAGAGCGACGGAAGCUUGGCCGGGGCGUGCUCGUCGGGAGCGCGAAGGCGGCAUGGCGCGGACAGCGUGAGUGUGAUCGGGCAGUGGUCCGAACCAUGGACGUCGGGCAGAAUGUCCGAGUCGGCGACAAGCUCCUCGGCGAGGAGCGACGGUGAGAGCGCAAAGUAGUCGAGACGCCAACCGUUGUUGGACGGCCGGCGGCUCUUCUUGACCGACCACCAUGUGUACUUGCGCGACUCGGUGGGAUGGAAGAUGCGGAAGGCAUCGAGAAAGGCGCCGCCGCUGCCGACAAGCGACUCCAUCCACGCCCGCUCGGCUGGGUUGAGACCCGCCUCGUGCGCCGGAGGAUUGGCGUGGAAGCAGUCGAUGUCGCGAUGGACGACGUUAAAGUCGCCGAGGAUGACGA